AUGUUAGAUGACGGAGGAUAUCAACCUUCUUAUGGAGGCGGUGGUGGUGGAGGAGGAGGAUUUAGAGAUCGUGGUUACGGUAGACAAGAUCGUUUCAAUGGUGAUUCCAGAUACGAUAACAAACCUCCUGUCAGUGACAAUGGCAUUCAUCGCAUCGAAGAUACCGUUUACAUUAACAAUUUACCUCAAGACGUUACGGAGGAAAAAUUAGCUGAUCAUUUUGGAUCCAUUGGUAUCAUCAAGAUUGAUAAAAAGUUGAAGAAGCCUAAAAUUUGGAUUUACGUUGACAAGACCACUAAUCUUCCCAAGGGUGAUGCUACUUUGACCUAUGACGAUCCUCCUUCUGCUGAUGCAGCCAUUCAAUGGUUUGGCGGCAAGGAGUUCAUGGGAAAUAUUAUUGAAGUCACCAAAGCCGAAAGAAAGAUGACCAUUCCACCUGAGCGAGGUUCCGGUGGCUUUGGAGGCGAUCGCCGUGGAGGCGGUGGCGGCGGAAGAGGUGGAUUCCGUGAUGGAGGAGGACGCGGUGGAGGAAGUAUGGGUGCCAGAGAACCCCGAGAAGGCGAUUGGUCUUGUGAUGGCUGCGGAGCCAACAAUUUCUCCAGAAGAGACGAGUGCUUCAAGUGCCAUGCCCAGAAGCCUGGUGGAAGUGGUGGCGGAGGCUCUUCUAGCAGUCGAAGAGGAGAUCGAGGCGGAGACCGUGGUGGAGACCGUGGUGGAGAUAGAGGCAGUGACCGAGGCAGUAGUUUCCGUGACCGCGAUAGUGGUAGAAGAGACCGCUAUGAAGACAGCCGAGGAGGAGGAAGAAGUAGUGGCGGAGGAAGAGAUGAAUAUCGUAAAGACAAUAGUAGACAUGAAAGACGUGACCGACCUUACUAGUGUAAAUAAAUAAAAUGAAAAUAAAAACAUACACUCUGAACAGAUGUAUGAUUACUAUACUGUCAAGCCAUGUUAUAAACAUCAUCAAAUUAUCAGAACGUUGUCUAUUGACAGUGGUCUCAUACACUAUCAUAAUUUAAAUGU